AUGUCGCGGCACGGCGUCUUGCCCGACCAAGAGGACAGGAUCGAUCUCUCGCCCGCCACACUUCUCCCCAAGGUGAGAGCUUACGAGAUGGCAGGAGGUGAGCACGCCAAAGGAUUAGCUGAGCUCAAGAUUGUGGAAGGGGCAAUCGGGAAUCUGAGCAGGGAGGCAUUGCCAGGGCCGGUGUAUGGGUUCCAGGAGGUAGGUCUGGCGGAAGCACUUCUGCACAACUUGGCGAGGUGUCAGUUCGAGACCCCGACUCCGUUGCAGUGCUACUCGAUCCCGAUGGUGCUGGCCGGCCGGGACCUGUUGGUUUGCGCGCACAAGGGGUCCGGGAAGACGACCGCCUUACUCAUCCCGGUGUUGAGUGGGCUGGUGACGGCGCCGGUAGCAGCAGCAAGAACAAAACCACGCGCGCUCUUGCUCGUGCCUACCGCCAGGCUUGCAAAACAGAUUGGUGCUGAUAUCAGGAAAUUCUCUUACCGAACUGGAAUAAGAGUUCAUUCAAAGAUGAAAGGGAAGAUGCAGAAAUGUCAGCUUGAAGCGAGCAUUGAUAUAGUUGUUUCUACACCCCUACGUCUUAUCAACAUGGUUAGAACCUCUCAAGUCUCCCUUGAGGCAGUAAAGUAUCUGGUCAUAUGCGAGCUUGGUUUGAUGCUGGAUAUGGGGUUUGAAAAAAUGUUAAGGAAGAUAGUUGAUGACAUGCAUAUUCCACCGAAAUCUGCCAGACAUACUUUACUUUCCAGUGGUACUUUCCAACCAGCAGUACAGAAACUGGCUUGGGAUUUCUUGUCAGAUUACUUAUUUAUCACCGAUGGGAGGUUGGAGUUCAGUAUUGGCCUAACUAAGCAGAAAAUUGAGCUUGCCUCUGAAGCAGAGAAAAGAGGCCUCCUGCUAAAUCUGUUACAGAAGCAAUCCGUCUCUUCUGCCGGCAUGAGCCAACUCAUAACAGUAGUUUUUGUCGAGACAAAAGGAAAGGCUGAUUCAUUGAAGAAUUGGCUAUGCAAUGAAGGUUUUCCUGCAACAGUGAUCUUUGCUGACAGUUCACAGCAGGCAUAUGCAGCCUCACCAGGCUUGGACGUUGCAAAUGUUGAUCAUUUGAUUAACUAUGAUCUUCCAAAGUCUGUUGAGGAAUAUGUUGAGAGGAUUAGAACAUUUGGGAGAGUUGGUUCUGCCACUUCCUUCUUCACUGAGUCCAACCGGUCCAUAGCAAAAGGCUUGCUGGAAUUGAUGAUUGAGGCAAAUGUAGAAGUGCCAGAUUGGCUGUUGGACUAUGCUAAUCCUGAUUAUACUUGUAGAUCUGUGGAAUUGGACUCAAAAGAUGAGGAGAAUGAUAAGUACAGAUAUGAUUUAGCUCGGUCUCUCGCCUCACGCAAGAUUGAUAACAUAUACGAUCUGGCAGGUGUUUGGGCUGAAUUAAAUUGCAGGAGAAAUAAGCAAAGCUUUGAUGAUAGUAGGAUCACGACAAUGUCUAAAGAUUGUUGUAUUGCAUUUACACAACAAGAAGAAUACAAGUUCCUCAAGUUCUAUUUCGUCAAGGUUACUCAGCAUUGUUAUAGCCCUGAAAGUUAUGGAAAAACCUAUUGGCAUUACAAUUUCAUUGCCAAGAUUAAGAGUAAAUCAGGAAUCUGGACUGAAGGUAUCUACUUUGCUGAAAGAAAAUUAGAAUGUGGUGUGGAGACAUUUUGUUGCUGUUUCCUGGAGCCGUCAGACAAUGGUGAGUGCUAUGGAUGUCAACAUGGGAAGGUGAAGGUUCGGCAUCCAACUAGAGGUGACUAUGAGAGAGGAACACCUGAUCAUGUUUGGCUUUCCGAUGGUGACUGUGAAAUUAGUGAUGAUGAUAUGGUGGACUUCUAA